CAGUGAUUUGUUUGACUAUAGUUCUUGCAACCAAUCUCCAUUGAGAGAAACAGCCGUGGGUGGUUGGGUAUAAAAAUAGACUUAACCACGAAAGUAAUACCACUUGAAAUUAACAAGUGUCAAACAACAUAAAGAAAAAAAUGCGAGGUGGUUCAUUGUUGUGGAUUUCUGCUCCGUCUCGUGUGCUCGCGAAGCAUAUCCGGAGGCCAGGCAAUCGACGUUUUGGCCGUGACGUACCUGACGAGAAACCGGUGAACCCUUUUGCGCCCGAUAUCGAUGCGAAAGCUUCUGCUGGCGCUUCUGUAGCAGAGAUUCGUGAGCGGGAUCAACAGUAUUUUGAUCAGCGGGAUCGCGAAGUUGCAAAUCGGUCUUCGCGCGAAGAAGUCGCCGCCUUUUUUCAACGACAGAAGAUUUUGCGUUCUGAGCCGUUGCGUCUGCAAGCGGAAGCGGAAAUGAAGCGGGCGGAUGCGGAGGGAGGUCGUCCGUACGGCAAGCUGAAUGACACCAGGUUGGAGAAGGAGAACAACGAGAGGUCUCCUGCAGGAUUAAUCGAUGAGAGGGAUAUAUUCUCAUCUGGUGGAAUCGCUAAAACAUCAACAGCUUCUAGUACUUAUCUUUCUGUAGUUGCUCACGGAGAAGAUGACGAAUUAUACAUGAAAAAGUUUUUGCAACGUCUUUGUGCACCCGAGGAAGAGCGCAGGCAUAAUUUCCAGUGCACCAACAGCCUAGACCCUGAUUUCAAGGCGAAGGAACGCCUCCCAUGGCGCAUAAGACGAACCUCAUUUUUAUGGCAGAAAGGGCGGGCUUGCUAUCUUUGUAAUUGGAGUUGCAUUGAAAUUGAAUCACCUGCCUUCCAAGUACGUAGGAACUUCGAAGUUUUUUAUAUUUCAAAUUUGAAACGUCGAAAACCUGGUUUUUUAUCGCCUUCAAUUUCAAUUCGUUUCCUGAUCGAGAGCUUUUCUGAUGAUCAGAUCAUUUAGUGGCGCCUUCUCUGCUUUCAUACAACGGCAAUUUCGCAGUUUACGAACGCUUCAAGCGUGGUGGCAUCGAGGCAUACACGGUUCUGCGGAACGUCGAAGGAAACAUUCGUUCGCUCCGCAAGCAGCUGAUCCAUGUUAUGGCUACUCUUAGAAGAGGUGCGCCCGUGCUGAGUGUUAAUUUUUUUAUGCGGAUCCGACUUUUAAAUUCUCAUUUGGGAGUGAAAGUAGAAAGGAAAAACAUGAUACGGGAGUGGAAUGAAAUAUCUUAUCCGAUAGGCGUCGAAGUUUCUAAUCUUAUCUGCGAGGCACCGGUCCGCGUUCGCGUUGGCUGCUUUGAGAUCCGAGGGUUACAUUCUUGGAAAUUGAAAGAAUGGCUGGCUAGUCUAGGUUUUUGACAGGGUGACGAGUAACAAAAUUUAAUGAAGAUCACAUGAGACUGUUAAUCUUGGCAUCAAAUGAAGUGAGCCGCAGCAACAACUAAGAGUUUGGCAACCAUUAUUUUGGUGGUUCUUUGAAUGGCGGAAUGAGCUCCCUUCACGCCCUGCUUAGUUCAAGCAUGCUCAAAUGAGUAGUCACGAUUAUUUUUCUUCGUGAAAUAUGAGCGUGCUGCGAAAUAUGUGUUAAGAGGUUCUUCUUCUAUGCGCAGCGUACUGAACUAGUUCCGUUGCCAACUAACGUCGUCCAAUGCAAACCGCUGAGAGGCACAAAGAAACACAACGGCCUCCGCAUCGAUUUUUUGUCAUGAUUCUCUAUCAGUCCUG